AGAUGAAAAUGAAUGAUUCGCGUAUGCUACGUGUCUAGAACCGCCAAUGAUGCCGACGUUGAUACUGUAGGAGAGCAGAUUCUGUUAGUCAGGGGUUCGUCGAGGAAAAACACUGCGGCCUGCUAGGUCGCACGAGCAAUCGCGACGAUGCACGCGAGAGAGCGUCGAAAGCGAGAAGCUCUGAGCGAGGAUUCGCGUCGUGUCGCUCACGAGAUGGCUGAUGGUCGAGAGGAACCGAAAAGCGCAGUCGCGGUCGAUGAAGCCCUAUGGCAGCGCAAAAAGGACAGACUGGAAACGAGGCAAUGCUCCCCGAGAAAAAUGCACGAAGAGCAGGAAAGAAAAGCAAAGGGAGAGAAGAGAGAAGCUUACUAGAACACGGCCUGCUAGGCGAGGAAUGAAUGCCAAUGGAGGGCAAUUCAAGGCGGACACGAAC